GUUCAUGUUCUAUGUAUAUGUCUUAAUCAACAUGUAUCAUCACUUGUUUAGUUCUUAGGAGAAAUCUUUCUGAAGAAGAGUAUAAAAGACAGUUGCCAGCUCCAAAGGAUGCCAUUAAGGGCGCAGAUGUUUUGUUGACAUUGUUGACUGGUACAUUUUCUUGCAAACUGGAGAGAACUUUACUGUGUUUGGUUGUAAUUGAUGAAGCUGCUUAGACACGCAAAAUAGCAUGCUGGAAAGCUCUACUAAAGGUCAAGAUGUAUCAUUGCAGGAGAUCAUGUUCAGCUUCCCUGAGAGGAAAGGGAUGAAGGAUGCACUGUACAGUCAAGGGUGUGCUGCCGAUUUGUUAUGUUUGGAGAAAGACCGUUCAUGUUCACCGGCUCCUUUAACUCCUAUCUUGAUCCCUCUCAAGGACGUCGAAAUCUCAACAGAUGAUGGGUUCCAAGGUUCAGAGAAGGAAGCCAUUGUCAUUUCCACGGUUCGAGGAAACUCAACCAAUCAAAGAGCAGAGGAGAAAGUAGGAAUGGCGGUGGAGGUAGGGAAGAAGUCGAAGAGGAAAUCAUCUAUUCUCACGCUGCAGCACUUCAUCUCAACCAUGACUCCUUUACUCGAUUUGGACAAGAUUCUUUCUUCCAUUCUCUUCUAUUUUUCUGACUCUAUCGCACUAGUGAUUGCUUAUUCUUUGCAUGUUGUCGCUCUGCAACACUUCUGCUAUGGUGGAGGCCAAAUUGGUGUUUUGAAAGCCAUCGUUUGUGUUUAUUGAUGACUUAUCUCUUCAGAGACUUAGAAAUACUAGUUAGUGGAGUGAAUUAGAGAAUCUGAUUGUUGGGGUUUUGGAACCACGGGAUAUGGAAGAAUAGAAUGUAUUUCUCACAUGCACACCAAGUAUUCGAUCAAUUGCUUGAAUGGAUUUUCAGUUGUUUUGGUAAUUGGAAUAGAGUUAUGCUGCAUUAAUGUACGGGGUUCCAAUAAAAUUCCCUUUUUGCU